ACUCCAGAUUUUUCCGAUAAAUUACCAUUAUGUUUAUGACUAAGCCAGCUAUUUAAUUAAAUGUACUGUACAGUACAAUAUAAUAUCUAUCGACUCAUGCCCUGAAGCGCCCUCGUACGGAAAAAGAAGACAUUGAAAAACUUCAAUAAAAUGGCGGCCAUCAUCACCAAAUUUAGACAAUGUUAUUAUGCUUGCAAUAUCAAUGUAAUUCCUGUAAGAUAUCGAAGAAUAAAAUCUAGAAAUCCACGAGAACCUCAUUUUGUUAGAAAAUGCAUGUUGGAAGUUUGUAAACCAAUAUAUAGAAAGGAUGAAACACCUGACUUUCAACGUUGUUCUCGAGCUAAAAUAGAGGAAGAAAAAUUUAUUCAUCCUUACGAACAGUUGCUUGCAAAACAGGCAAUGAACGAAUGGAAUGCGUCUCGUAUGGUUUGUUUUUUUCACCAUAAUUCACUUACAGAUGAAGAAAAAAGAAUUAUUAGUAAUAUGUUAUUUAAACAGGGUAUGUAUUUACGACAUUAUAAUAAUUCUGUCAUGAAAUUAGCUCUACAAGGCACUAUUUAUGAAGCUGCAUUAUGUCUUGUUCAGUCAUAUUCAGCAUAUUUAUUUAGUCCUGAACCAAAUGUGUCAAGAUUAUUAAAACUUUCAAAAAAAAUGCCUCAGUAUAUUUUAUUAGCUGGAAUCAUCGAUAAUCAUUUCUUAAGUCGUGAAGAACUUUUAAAUUACAGCACUCUUCCAUCUUUAGAGAUUAUGCAGAGUCAGAUAUGUAAUACUUUAAUGUUAAGUUCUACUCAGAUGAUUACUACAUUGUCUCAUCACUUAACAGAACUGAAUCGAAUUCUAGAUCAACAUAGUAAGCAAAAUAAUUCUUCAGAAAAUGUCACAGAAAAAUCAGAGGAUGUAAAUAAAUGAUUGAAAUAUUUAAAUAAAAGUAUACAUUAUUAUAUAAAAUUAGUUGCUAUUCAAAUGUUUGUAGUCAACACACACAAGUAUUUUUUAUGUUACUCUAUAAAUAUAAUCUUGUAUUGUAAAAAAAAUAUUUUUAUUACAUAUGUUGUUUAGCUGAUAAAAGUUUAUUGUUGAAGAUUAACUAUUUAAAAAUAUUAUACUAAAAGAAUAUACAAAGUUUAGUAAUUAUUCAUUUCAUAGAUGAGAAUUUUGUCACUGAAAUAAAAUAUUAGUUCGUUAUACAAUCUUCCACUAAUAUGUUAGUUUUAUGUAUUGAUUACUGUCACAAAAAUCUGCCAAAAAUAACUUUUGAUAUGUUGUACGUAGCAUUAACUCUGAGAUUUUUUGGCACUAGUAUUAGAAGCCAAUUGAUUUAAUUAGUAAUUUCAUAUUUGAUCCGAAACAGGCAUAAUGCCAUCUGUGUCUAUAUAAUUAUAUUAAUAAGUAGUAAAUUGGAAAUAAUUAAAUUUGGAUACAUCUGAAACAGCAUAACUGUAGAAUGGAAUUUCAAUCAUAACUCUUGUGUAACAUGCAAAUAUGUUGCCAGUUAUACCACGUAGAUUCCAAGCCAGAGUUUUUCCAGAUAUAUAUUAGUUUAAACUUGUAUAUAAUAAUAAUAAUAGUGAUUUAUGCCUGAAGAUAUUUUAUUUUUACAUCUGAAUAAUAUAACUCUCAGCACACCUGUACACUAUAAAUAGAUAGAAUUGCAUAUUUGAAUUCAGGUUAAUAUUUUUCAGAAUUAUCUAUAAUUAACUAAAUAUGAAAUAAAUUAAUUUUUAACAUAAUCAACAGAUGAUAAUAUAACUAAUUCUAAUCGAAAUCACCAAAUUAUAUAAUUAAUCUGAAUGUAACUGGGCAAUUUUUGAGCAAAAUUACUAAAAUUUGUGUGUUUAGAUUAUGAUUUCAUUAUGUCAUAUAAUGUUGCAUUUUAUGAUAUUUAGAUAAAACCAAAAAGUUAAUGAAAGUUUCAUAAUAAUGCUUAUUUGUUUUUAUUUAAAGUUAAAGAAAAAAAGUAUAUAAAUUAUUAUAGUUGUAGUGAAACAAGACAUACAUCAGAUUGUGAAUAAGUUUAUCAAUAAAAAAUAACUUCAUAAACCAUUCAAGAUUUCAGCAGUCAUUUUUUAUUGAUGAACUACAUUAUUAUUGGUCAGAAAUAAUAUAAUAGUCAAUAUUAACAUGGAACAUUAAAUUAAACUUAAGUAUAUUAGAAAUACAAGGAUCUGUAAAGUAUUAUACCAGUACAUAGAAUAUAGAAAAUAUUUUAUUGAGUAAAAUUAUUACAAAAUUAUUGAAAACAGUAUUCAUGUUUAUACUUUAUCUGUUAAACAUAUUCUAAAAUUCAAAACAAAUGUAGUGACAUCUGAUAUCAAUUUAGGCAUUAAGUUAUUUUAUAUUUGCAAUCCUGUUUAUCAGUUUAAUGCAUUUAAUUUAAACGGGUAUUAUUUUCUUUAUUUUGUUUUAAU